CAACAAUGUGGUUCUCUGCAUUGCUGGCUUGUAUAGUAGCUGUGAUCACCGUUCAUGUAGUGCACAUCCUGCACAAACACAACAAAAAGAGAGUUUCUCCUACUUGGCCUCCCGGCCCUGCCGGCUACCCCAUCCUCGGCAACCUUCUCUAUGUCAUUGGCCCGCUCCGCAACAACCCGCACUCCGCGCUCGCCUCCCUCGCUCAAACCUAUGGACCCGUCUUGUCCCUCCGCCUCGGUCUGACCCGCACCAUCGUCGUGGUGUCCUCAGCCGCUGCGGCUCACGAGGCCCUUGCCAAAAAUGAUGCAGCACUCGCGUCCAGGCUUGUGCCGGACACCGUUCAUGCCAUGUCGUAUGGCGCGACGUCCAUGGUCUUCCUUCCAAGCUCCAACCCAUUGUGGAAGCAAGACCGCACCAUCAUGGGCGCCCGCUUCUCCUCUGGCCGGGGCUUGGAUACAAUCCGGCCCAUCUUGGAAUGCCAUGCCGGGCAUCUCACCGAGCACUUAAGGGCAUGCUCUGGCACUGGCACGCCGGUCGUAAUCAGGGAGGCCGUGAACCGCACGGUGCUCAAUGUCAUAUCCAACAUCCUCUUUUCUGAGGAUGUGGUGGACUUGUGCAUGCCGGGGCCCCAACCUUUUAGGGGACUCAUAGUGCCGGUUUUAGAGGAGUGGUCAAAAUCCAACGUCUCCGACGCCUUCCCCUUCCUUGCACCAAUUGACCACCUCCUUGGCUCGCGCCGCCGCAUUUCCAUACAUCUCGCCAAACUCUUCAAGUUCUUUCACCAAGAGAUCAUUCAGCGCCGGUUAGCUAGAACUAGCACCGGCGGUAAGAACACCAACGACGUCUUGGACAUUCUCCUCAUGCGACAUGCCAUGUCCAAGCUCACGCGCCAAGAAAUAGUCACGUUCCUAACAGAUAUGUUCAUCGCGGCAAGUGACACGAGCACAGUUACUGUGCAGUGGGCUAUGGCGCAGCUACUGCGCCACCCAGAGAAGAUGGACAAGGUGCGAAACGAGCUCUCAGCAUGCCUUGCAGUUGGGUCCAGUGAUUUUGUUAAGGAGAGCGACCUCGACAACCUUCCCUACCUCCACGCCGUGGUGAAGGAGACAUUGCGGCUGCACCCAGCAGUACCAUUGAUACCACGGGAGGUGGCUGCCGACGGAGUCUCACUGGGUGGAUUCCCCAUCCCGAUCGGAACAGGUGUCGUUGUCAACUUGUGGGCAAUCGGAAGAGACCCUGCGAUGUGGCCUCAACCUGACAAGUUCGUGCCUGAAAGGUUCCUGGCUGUAGGUGCAGGUGAGGCCGUGCACUUUCAAGGCAAGGGCGACAAUACCUAUAGGCCAUUCGGCGCCGGACGGAGGGUCUGCCCUGGAAUGGACUACGCUCUGCGAUCGGUUCCGCUAUUGCUAGCCUCACUUGUCCACAAAAUGGAAUGGAGACUACCUGAUGGGAUUACACCCGAGGAUUUGGACCUCAGCGACCGCUAUGGCACUGUGCUAAAUCUUGCUAUGCCACUACGUGUUAUGCCAGUGUCCAUCGUGUGACGUCCAUGGUUGCUCCAACAC